AUGCUUAAGUAAUAUCAAAGCUUCAAUUUUAAUUAUACACAAAAGAAGGUGAACUUUAUUGAAACUAAUUGUAGAGAUUUCUACCAUCUUCUUAAUUAAUAUGUAAAAUUGAUCAUUAAGUUUCGAAUUUAUAAUUAAUAAAUUAAUGUGAAGAAAUAUCUAUAAUAAAAGGGGAUUGUAAAAUAUUAAAAAUAUAAUUAUAGAAUUUAUUUCAAUGUCUUUAAAUAAUAUACACAUUUUUGUACCUUGUCAAAAGUAAAUACAGUAACAAUUUAUGAGUGGAAGAAUUAAAAGAUUUAGUAAGUUGGUUAAAAUAUGACAAUUAAUUCAUCAUUUAAUUGUUUUAACAUCAAUUUGUCUUAAAUUUUUCAAUUUUGAUAGAUUGUUAUUAAAACAAUGAACUCUUUUUAAUUCAAAUAAAGGAUGAAUAAUAAAAAAUUGCUUAUUUUAUAUCGUCGUCCAUACCUGCAUCAACUAAAAUUUAAUCAAUUCUUAAUGGACCAAAUCCUUUUUUAGUUUAUGCCUAAUAUGUUGAGAAAUAUUCUAUUUUUUCACUAUUAUCAUCCUCUUUUUAAAAUUAAAGUAGUUUAAAUCAAUACUAAUUUAUUGAUUUUGAUAUUCCAAUUACAAUAACUCCGAAUAUUUAUGCAAUAACUCAUAAACAGAUAUUCUAAUUAUCUAUAUCUUCAGAUUCUACAUUUAGUUAUAAAUAUAAUUUUAACUCUACAAGUAUGAGUAAUUUUACUAUUAUUAAUGCUUUUUACAAUUUUUGGAGUUAUUCCUAAUGUGAUUGA